AUUUUUCGAGCAUGGAGGGAUUCUCUACAAGAGGUUGCACGCGGGCCCCCACUUGCGAUGCGUAACCGGAGAAGAAGGGCGAUAUGUGUUGAAGGAAAUUCACGAGGGCUGCUGCAGCGACCACAGCAAGGUAGGUUCCUUGGUAGCAAAGGCUCUAAGAGCAGGAUAGUUCUGGCCAACAAUGAGAGAAGAGGAAAAAGAGAUGGUGCAGAAAUGUUUGCAAUGCCAGAAACACGGCCCACUCAUUCACAAACCGGCCGAAGCUAUGACAGCGAUGAGUUCUCCCAUCCCGUUCGCCCAAUGGGGGAUCGACCUGGUUGGGCCCAUGCCCCAAGGAACCGGACAGAGAAAGUUCUUGAUUGUCGUGGUCGAUUACUUCACGAAGUGG